ACUUUCAACGUUUGAGUAUUUCCUCGUUGCCAAUUUAGCUUUUUCAAGUUUCGUGAUGGAUAAAAAGCACAGAGAUCUUCUCAGGAAGAAUAGAAUCUCGUUAGUUCAAGAUCUAGAAGCCACUCAGUUACUGAGUUACCUUUACCAAGAAGACAUUUUGUCGGAAAACGAUCGUGAUUCUAUCAAAGCAGAGAAGACUCGGGGUGCUAAAGCUGAAAAACUUCUGGAUAUCUUGCCUCGGCGGGGAAAGAAGGCUUUCGAUGUAUUUUGUCAGGCACUUGCGACAACUGACGGACAAGGCCAUCUCGUGGGUUUAUUGAAACCGAAUGAAUCAAUUUCGUCAGGUAAUUAAUUAGAGUCAAUUGCAAUUGUAGUGCCUAGUUAACCCAACAUCAUUCAAACACCUAAGCAUGGAAGAUCCAUCCUAAUAAUGGAUGAUUCUAUCUUCAUAUAUUUUUGUACAGCAAAUGAUAACUCCAUCCUGUUUCCGGGAUAUAGGUAGUUUAGAUUUUGAAAUAACCUUAGUAAAGAAACAAAGUCCACGCUUUUACCAUUUCUGAUGAGUGCCACUGUUAGGGACGUUCCAUUUUUAUCCGCACCCCCUCCCUAAGGAUGACUGGAAUGCGAACUCUCAAAUUUUUGUUUGAAAAGUGAACUCUGGAGUGUUCGUUCUUUUCCGCACCUUUGAAAAAUUUUUUAAAGGAUCAAAAUUUUGUUGGCUGCUUUGAAGAAAAAAUCCAAAUUCCCCUAUUCAAUUACCUGUCAUCCUUAGUGGGGGUGGGGGGGGCGGGGGCAGAUAAAAAAUUGAACGCUCCUUAUCAAAAUCAAAAUCUGGGGAAUAGUCAGUCAAGAGUCCUAAGGGUCUCCAUGGUGAUGCAAUUAUAAUCAAAUAAUUAAAGGAAUGUGAAGGAGAUGGUGCAGGGCUGUCACUUCUGUUUCAAGAUGCUAGUUCUAGGUCACGCCCAUAGUAGUGGUAGGAAAUUCCAGCCCCCCUAACCCUUUGUGACACCCCUGUUGAUGGGUGCAUUCCUGACAAAAGACAUUCUAACAACUUUACUGAAAGUAAAAGAUGAAUCAACAUGGGAGGGAGAAGCUAGGCUGUUGUAGGGGCUCUCAAGUCUUUUGUGUCAUGUUAAUAUCCCUUUAUUUUUCUUAGGGAAUGUUUCAAGUACUACUGCCGGAAACCCAGUGGAGGUGAAUGAUGGUGUUACCAAUACUGCCCAUCAUGUAGCAGUGAAAUCCAAUGUUGAAACAUCAUCACGAGUAAAAAAGAAUGUCCUGUCAGAUACUGAUGAAGAUUUUGUAUACCCCAUGAAUUGUAAACCACACGGCUGGUGUCUUAUAGUGAACAAUGUUGACUUUGAGACUCUGCGCAGAAGAGGUGGCUCUGAUCUUGAUGCAAAGCAGCUAAGUGAACUUUUUACACAAUUACAUUACAAGGUCAAAGUAGUAAGAAACCAAACUGCCAAACAGCUCAAAGACACUCUGUUUCAGUUUGCUAAAAUGAGUGACCACAAAGCAGCCGAUUCAAUGGUUCUUUGUCUGCUUAGUCAUGGUCUUGAAGGGCAAAUUUAUGGUGUCGAUGGUGUUCUUGUGUCCAUACCUGAUCUGCUUGCACUGUUCAAUGGCUACAUGGCCAAAGAUCUAAUUGGCAAACCCAAGUUGUUUUUCAUCCAAGCUUGCCGCGGGAGUGAUUAUGACCAUGGAACAGACGUGACAGACGGUGGUCAUAGCUCUAAUGUUGAGACAGAAUAUCAUGUUACCCGUUCAACUAAUGAACUUCUUGCUGCUGCAUUUCCUAAUGACAAGCCUGAGACAGUUGAUGAGCCUGAAACUAUUCCCGCUGAGGCCGACAUGUUGGUGGCCUAUUCCACUGUACCUGGUUAUGUCUCAUGGAGUCAUCUGCAGAAAGGCUCGUGGUUUGUACAAGCCUUGGUUGAUGUCUUCAGCGCUUAUGCUAAGACAGAAGAUGUUGUCAGCAUGUUGGUUAGGGUCAAUGGCAAAGUUGCGAGAGAAUUUGAAUCGUUCAAUAGAAAGAAACAAAUGCCUGCUCCUGUCAUAAUGCUAACCAAGAAAGUUUUCUUUUUUGCCCAGUCUUAACUCUGAACAUUCAUAAGUCACAAGUCUGUGGAUAAAUUUGUUUUUAAAGUGUGAAAGUUGGUGUGCUUUUAAGUUGUACUUUGUAUUGUAAUUUUUAUGUACUUUUUUUGAA